AUGGAGCGCCGCGCAUCGAGGGCUCAUGAGGAGGACAGAGCAGAGAGGAGGGUGAGAUUCCGGGUUGCAUCAGCGCACAGUGGACGCGUCCUGCAGGAGGUCUUCAGAGAGGAUGCGCUCGAGGACUCUGCGGACACAGACACAACGGUCAGCUCAGAGCCCGAGCGCGCCAGCUCGCCCGCCAUCAGUGAGGCAAACAGUCAUCUGAGCGGCCUGGUGGGGCAUGAAGCUGACGACAGCGGCAGUGAGCCCGAUGAGCUCCUCAUGUACGCCAGUGCCGCAAAAGAAAAGUUGUUCACCGGGAAGCGCGUGAACAUUUUCAGUAAGAACGGAACCAUCCGGGGCGUGAGAGACAAAGUGAGUGCUGGACAGGUGCUAUUUAACAACCUGUCCAAAAUGUAUGGGGACUCCCUUGUUUUGAAUCGGCCUAAAAGACCUUGAGCAGAUGCCUAACAGCUCCUAAAUGGCCUGCAGCAGAGCAUACUGGGUCACAAAGUAGGGUGUCACUCCGGUGGAUGUCCAAGAGGCAGUACACUUCAGUAUACAUGGAAGUGAUGAACAGUGGCCAAUGAAUUUCCUGAUAAGUGAUUUAUAAUAUAUGUGUAUAUUGUGGUUCUGUAAAUAUAUUUUAUAUUAGCUUUUUGCAAAAAAAAUCUUGAAUA